AUGGGCCUCGCUGGCUGGUUGCAGAGGUUCUCCAUUGGCCCUGCGACACGCCAUGCGAACUCGGAGUUUACGCCUACCGCCGUGCUCCUUGGACUGCUCAUUGGAUGCCUACUUUGCUUUACCAACCUAUACUUUGGAUUACAGACAGGAUGGAUCAGUAUGAUGUCGCUGCAAUCCGCACUUAUAGGAUAUCUGAUCUCCAAACUACUCCCCACACCGCUAUCACCCCAAGAAGUCAUCGUCGUACAAACUACUGCAGUCGCAACAGGCACCAUGCCACUAGCCGCCGGCUUCGUCGGUAUCCUCCCUGCGCUCGGCUUAAUAAGUCAAGAACGCGAUGGUUCUCCUCCAAUACACUUGACUUGGUUGUCCGCAGUUGGAUGGUCGUGCUCUGUGGCAUUCUUUGGUGUCUUUCUAUCACCUCCAAUUCGGAAACAAGUAAUCAUUGAAGAGCAGCUGGCGUUUCCAUCUGGCACUGCUACUGCUCAAUUGAUCUCGGUCCUUCACCGACUACCGCCUCCCGACACAACUAUUCGCCACAGACGAGGAUACACGCAAGUAGACAGUGAAGAACAUCAGCGUGAAGACAUCUUGGAGGAGCAAGAGCCCAUGCUUACUCCCGAUCUAUCAACUACCGCAAACGACCAGAAUGAACGAGAACUAAUCCAACACGAAGGAUGGCACGCCCUGACGUACAGCUUCAUUGCCUCGAGCAUCAUGACUCUAUCAGCAUACUUCUUCCCCAUCAUCUUUGCAAUACCCUUGUUUGGCAAUUACCUGGCUAGAGAAUGGCUUUGGACGUUCACGCCAAGUCUCUCGUAUGUUGGCCAAGGUAUCAUUAUGGGCUUCCCGACGACACUCAGUAUGAACUUGGGCAUGCUUGUCGGAUGGGGUAUUCUCUCCCCAUUAUCUAAGCACCAAGGAUGGGCUCCUGGACCGGUUGGUGACAUGGCCACCGGCGCCCGUGGUUGGAUAUUAUGGACGUCGCUCGCUAUUAUGUGUGCAGACAGCGUGGUAUCCCUCCUACCCGUCAUAUACGAAUACGUCAGCGACAUUAUCAAACACACUACAGGGAAAGGCCAUAUAGAGACUAAAGAGGACCACGAAGUAGAAACACCCGAACGCCUCGUGCCUAUGAAAUGGGUAGCCAGUGGUGUGGCGAUCAGUAUCAUCGUCGGCACGAUACUGGUAUGGGUCGUCUUCGGAAAUGAAGGUAUCAAGCCGUGGGCCACGGUUCUGGGGUUCGUUUUUGGUGGCAUGCUGAGCAUCCUUGGCGUACGUGCUCUGGGUGAGACGGAUUUAAACCCUGUAUCCGGCCUAGGCAAAAUAUCCCAACUUCUCUUCGCAUGGAUCCAGCCUGGUAAUAUUGUCGCCAACAUCAUCGCCGGAGGUGUGGCGGAGGCUGGCGCACAGCAGGCUGGAGACCUGAUGCAGGAUUUGAAAACGGGGCAUCUGUGCCACGCGUCUCCUAGAGCUCAAUUCCUAGGCCAGCUUGUUGGGUCAUCGGUGUCGAUUAUUGUCACUGCAACAGCGUACUCUCUCUACACGAAGGCGUAUCCUAUCCCCGGCCCAUCUUUCCCCGCUCCAACAGCCUAUGUCUGGCUCAGCCUGGCCCGCCUACUAAGGGAUGGCCAACUACCAGACCAAAGUGCCAUCUUCAUGAUCUCAUCUGCGCUUCUUUUUGGAUUAACGUCAGCUUUGAAAACUCAAGCAUCUCGUAGACAGCUUUGGUACGCCAAAUGGAUCCCCUCCGGCGUUGCCUUCGCCAUAGGCUUUUUGAAUACCCCAUCAUUUUCGCUCGCUCGUCUUGUUGGCGGCGUGACGGAAUAUGUAUACAGGAAGCAUUUUGCCAAGGACGGUCAGGAUGGAAAGGAUAUAUGGUUGAUAGUUGUGGCGAGUGGAUUUGUGUUGGGGGAGGGCGUUAUUAGUGUUGUCUCCCUUACUCUGAGGACGUUGGGGGUUGGUGUGGCCAGCUGCUGGGGAUGUGGACAUAAUCUUUGUGGUGGCUGCCCCGCCGUCUAA